UCUUGACGCUCUCGGAACUCGUUCCCCGCACCCCGAGGAAAAGGUCUCGCAGCUACCAAUUCACCCCCGGCCCUGUUACUACUUACUAGUCCUAACCCUAAUAAGCAACUUUCGAUUUAUCUCAUUCUUCUCCAACUCUACGUCCUUUGUUGUUCUCCUCACGGAAUUCAUUUCCCCUUUGAUACCCAAAAAGAAAGAAAGUUUCGAAAGGGUACCAGACCUGACCCUCCAUGAUCGGAGAUAUUAUUUAAAUUACAUAGGACCGUAUUGAUUGGUAUUACCUCUCGACCUAAAUGGGACAGAAAAGGUAAAAGAAAAGAAAAUAUUACGAACUGUGUGUCCCGCUCGGAAAAAGUUGGGAAGCUUGGGCCAAUUCCAAUUCCGGGUUCGCCCGCUCUGACCCUACCGGCUCCUCACCACUCCGACCACCUCACUGGCGGAGCGCUCCCAAUCCUGCGAUUUUAACUCCGAUUCGGGCGGUGGUCUUAACUGUUGUUUUCCCACUUGUGAUCAUGCAUGAGCUACUGCUCUUCGCCUCGGUUCCCGCGCACCAGCACCAUGAGCUGCUACAACAGCUGGCCGGGUUGACGGCCAUGCAACCCCGUCACCGCUUAGAGAGGCGUCUGAUCUUCAAGGCCUAUCGGAAACCAGGGCUGAUCAAUACCCGUGUGGGUGCCAGUCAAGACCUGCAAGGCAAUGAAAUGCAGCGUCUGAAUAAGAUGCUGAAUGGUGGCAUGUUCUAUACACAAGUGGUCGGACCGGUUUCCGAGGCUGACUUUGGUGCCCAAUCCUCCGCUGCAUCAUCUGGUGACCCCGAUGCGCCCAUGUCUGGAACUGAUUCUGGUGCAAAAUUGGAGUACCGCCCCUACAGUUAUGAGAAUCAACCCUGGAAACUGGAGUUUAGGGAUAUCCCCGAGGCGGGGACUCGUUCCGCCGUUACCACCCGGCUGAUGGCCAGCGCUAGUUUGCCCAAGGGCGAUGUUACCGCCCCCAUGAACGCCUGGGGUUAUAGUUUUGUCACGGAGUACGUGGUAGAGGGGGAUGUCUUUAUUUUGAAUGAUAUCGUCAUCUACCUACAUCGGGUUCUGCAUUAUCCUGCAGAAGGCUCUGAAUCACAUGAACCGCGGCGACAGUUACCUCCUUUUCAGCAGAUGUCCCCGCUGGAAAAAACCGGAAGCUAUGUCUUGCAGGCCUCUAUUGCCGUCCAGGAUGGAGGUAACCAGGAGAUGAUGAAGACCGCGUCGCAGCAUUUGUUUGGACUCCGUGAGCAGCUGAAGUCGGCCGUCCGGCUGGAACAGGCGGAUCGACUUUCCUUGGACACACGAGCGAAGUAAUCGGAUAGACGUCCUUUUUCAUUCUUAGGUUUGCGUAUUUUAUACCCCGGGCAGUGCUUCCGUUAGAUAUUUUCUUAAUACAAAUUACAAAACUUUGUGUAUUCCAACUUCUCCCUUCGGUGCCCCAUGUUGUAAUAGUGAGUUGCGAACUUGCUCUAAAAUCAUUCCACAUGCAAAAGUACUCCGUACGAUUCGCAUGAUUG